GUAUGAUCCGGAAUUAGUACUUGUUUCCGCUGGAUAUCAUUCUUCAUUUGUCUGUCCUGUGGGUGGUUCUUAUCUGAAUACUUUAAGUGAAUCAAUUGGUCAUACUUUUUCUGCUCUAUUAGAUGAUCCAAUGAAACCAAUCAAUCCAAGUGUACAACCUUUCGUUGUCAAAGUUACAAAAAACUCAAUAAGAGACAAUGUGGUUGCUGGCAAUAUACAGCGAAAAGAAUGUACAUUAUUCAGAUGUUCAUUUAGUGAACUGCUAACAUCUAAGCGGCUAUCACUCAAUAUUUAUCGCCAGGACCGACCAAGAAGAAAGAAACGGAAACUUGUUGAAAUACUUUGCGCUGAGAAUUCUAUAUUGUACCAAAAAUAUAAUAUUGAAUAAAGAUGAUGAUAAUAAUAAUAAAUAAUAAAAUAUCCUUAUUUCACGAAUUCAUUUUUUCUUUUCACACCAUAUUCUCUGUGUUUGAACGUUUCUUUUAUUACUAUUGAUAUUACUAUCCCUGUUUUCUUCAAUUCGGUCUUCUCAAUCUUCUACUGCUAACCAUUCCACUUCUAAUUAGUGUUACAUACUACUUAUAAUUCUUGAUAUAAGUAGCAUCGACCACACAUCAAUCUGUAGCUGUUAUUCAAAUCACCUUGAAAGGAUCUAUU